AUGGAGGCGGGCUCGACUGAUUUGCAGGGAGGGGAUCUGGCUCCUUCUUCAGCUAGGGAUGCUGAAUUGAUAGGUGUGGAAGGCGGGUCUCUGGAUCUCGCUAAGGAUAGGAUGCACAAGGAGAGUGUAAGUGGGAAUAUGGGGGCUUUUAAUGGGUCUCCAGAUUCGGGCAAGAAGACUGAUUCACUGUGGUUGAAGAAAUCUCAAGCUGGUACUUCAGACCCGCUUAUUGAGGUUGAUGGAGGAGUGGCUUCGAUGCGGAUUCUGGAUGAUAUCUUUGAUGAAUCAGAGCUGUUGUGGAAGUCGUUUGUGGCACCCUGCAAUGGCUGUGAAGCAAACUAG